AUCACAACUCUACCCACUGAGAGAUGAAACAGUUACAAGGAUGAGUUUCACACUUCUGAUUGAUCACGAACCUGUCUUCGUCUUGCAUUUAUAGCGAAGAGUGAGAAACUUGGCCAUUAGAGAGAUAUGGGGGAUGAAGCGAGUCUUCUGAAGCAUGAGAUUUCAAGCACGAAACCUUUAAUGGAGAUUCGAGACGGUAAACAGUUUUUGAGAUCAUUAACCCUCAUUUCUCAUUUACCAAUUUUAUGGAAUAGAAGUCUCGUUCCGAAAGAAUCGUUGAGGGCACAUUUCGCACCGCAUGAAAGAACCUCACCUCUUCUCACUUUACUGAAGUCCUUCACCACCGUUGCUCACAUCCAUCGCACAUUGCCACUGCUGCAAAUCACCACCGCCACCCCCGCAAUACGAACAGUUCUGCCCGAUUUUGCACAAGUAUACAGCUUCAUUGGCAGUGUCUUUGACCCAAACACUACUGGUCAGUUGCAAAAGCUAAAGAAGAUGGACCCAAUUGAUGUUGAAACAGUGCUACUGUUGAUGCAAAACAUUUCCAUCAAUUUGACUAGCCCAGACUUUGAGGAACAUAUUGGGCAUGUACGACCUUGACGUCCAACUCUAGUUCUUGGUGCCACCUUGUUGUUGUAAGUUUGGAUGCAUCCAAACCGAAGAAGAUGAACAAUUUAAUUUACUCACCAUAACCUCUAAUGUUUUUGCUUGAAACUAUCAAGUUUUGCAUGCAUUUAUGAUACUAAUGGGUGCAAUUUUGUAUUAUUUAUUUAUUUUUAUUUUUUUUUGUAGAUGGCUUUUGACAUGGACUUGUGGAUAUUCCAUUUGUGUACGGAGGACAAUUUACAUUUUUUUAUAAUCCUGCUAUUUUGUCGUCCUCUAUUUUUCUGUUGAUUAGUAGUAAUCGUAUAGAUACGUUUUGGCAUGGUAUAUAUUACUUUUGACAUUGAACAAAUAAUUAUUGGCGUGGUAUAUUCACUACCAUUUGGCAUGAUAGUGAAUAUAUUUUUUGUGUGCGUAUAAUUCUAUAUUUUGUAUGGAAUUAUUAUUUUAGGUCUCUAUAUACUUGGUUCGUAUGAAAUUUGAUAUUAAAAGUUAUUCAUUUUUUGAUGGUUAGAAACAAAAUGGAU